GCGGUGUUGUGCAGUGGUGUGCGUGCGGUGCUGCCUGGUGCGCGCCACUCACAGCAACAUCAACAGCAGUGGGGCGCACGGCGAACGGCAUCUGCCACGAGCUGCCCUGCGUGUCCCUGGCCCACGCCCACCGGUACCGCUUGGCCGCUGAUCCGCGCUCCCCCGCUGUUCCCCCCGACUCAUUCUCCGCCAGCUCCGGUUCCACCUCCCCGCGAGCCCCGCGGGGUGCCCGCCAUUGGCUUCGAGAAAUGCGGGGCCAAUCGAGCCGCGAGGGCUUGGAAGGCGGCUUAUGGAGUGGAUUAACGGAUCCCUCGUCUGGUCUAAGACGCUCAAUGUCAAGGGUCUUGUGCGACAAGCGAGUGUGCAGGCGACGGGAGCCGGCGAUUCCUGCGACUGGCGAAAGAAUCUGCGACAGAGGGGGUUGGUUUCGCGGAACAGUCGGAUCGUCGGGCGACAGAGCAACGCGACGCUGGUCGUGUGAGGAAAGAAAGAUAGCGACGAGCAAGGCGAGGAGCAAAAGCAGAGAUGCUAUGACGAGGCGAGACGGACUCAGGGCGGCGGAUCGGGGAGCCGACAGAGACGCCGGGGCGGAUGAUAGAACCUUGGUUGACUCCACUGAGCCGGGUGUCAGCACUGCCAUGACCGUGGCGUGACCCAGUGCUGGGGGUGUUACGGUAUAGACUACGCCAUCUCCCCUGCUAUGGUAUGCUGUGGAUUCUGUUUCUGCUGCUCAGUUCUGUGUGCUCGACCUCCAUGAGGGUCGGUUUUGAUGAAACGGUUGGUUCACUCAGCUACACCAUGGAAACAUAUGAGCAAAUGGGAAAUUGUGUAUGUUGGCAAAGGGAUUGAGCGCUUGUUUCUUUUCGGGCCACAAAAGGUUUUGAGAAGUAUGCAGGGAUAAUUUCUUGAGUUCUUGGGUUA